AAAAGCGUGGAGGGGCUGAUCGACUGUCUUCAAGUUGGAAAAUCAGCGAUGCCCUGCGAACGCAGGCACCUCGCAGUUAGAUCCGAAUCCCGACCGGUUUAGGGCACCCAGCGCAAACCCAUCGUCGUCUCCGGCCAGUCGAGCAGCCAUAUCCCACCACCGAUCUCCUCCCCUCCUUCCUUUUCCUCUAUUGUUCAAUCGCACGUGCUGCUUCGUUUCUUCGCCAUCGCCAAUCGGGUGCUCGAUCGAGCGGCUUCGAGUUACGCGAAUAUCUGCUGCGGGAGGAGAAGCAAGGGGGGAGGAAGAGAGCAGCGAGUCCUGCCAUGGGGCAAGCCUUCCGCAAGCUCUUCGACAGAUUCUUCGGCCUCGUCGAAAUGAGGGUCCCUCUUCCGCUCCCCGUUGCAAUGCUUGGAUUAGAUGCAGCUGGAAAGACAACUAUUUUGUAUAAGUUGCACAUUGGAGAAGUUUUGUCGACAGUUCCAACUAUUGGCUUCAAUGUGGAGAAGGUUCAAUAUAAGAAUGUGGUUUUUACUGUCUGGGAUGUCGGUGGGCAAGAAAAAUUAAGACCCUUAUGGAGGCACUACUUUAGCAACACUGAUGCACUGAUCUAUGUUGUUGAUUCUUUGGAUAGAGAAAGGAUUGGAAAGGCCAAAGAAGAAUUUCAGACUAUCAUCAGAGAUCCAUUCAUGUUGAACAGUGUGAUAUUGGUAUUUGCUAAUAAGCAAGACUUGAGAGGUGCAAUGACUCCAAUGGAAGUGGCCGAAGGGUUGGGUCUCCAUGAUCUGCGGAACCGAACUUGGCACGCUCAGGGAACUUGUGCCCUCACCGGAAAUGGUCUGUACGAGGGGCUCGACUGGCUAGUGUCAGCUCUGAAGGAGUUGCAGGUCCCUGGACGGCAUCCGACUUGAUUGGUUUGUGACUCCUUGUUUCCAUUGCAAGUUUAUGAUAGAUUUGAUCCUGAAGAUUGUUUGUUACUUUGUACAGUGUCUUUGGGUUUUUAGAGUAUGUUGUAUACUGAUUCAUACUGCAUUUGCUCCACAUCACAAGUUAUGAGUGAAGAGUCUUCUGAAUUUUGGAAUAGAGAUAAUUUAUUAAUGUAUUUUUAUAAUAAAUUUAAUAUAAUAUUAGUACAUAAA